CGCGUCGGACGCCAGGACAAUUUUACACUUACUGGCAAUACGCUUAUAUAAAAGCCGACGGUCCAACCGCACAGAAUCCAGUCUUCGACGCGCGAGUGAGUGAUAAUUGUGCUGUGAUUUGACCUUUCGCUGCACUAUGAGGCUCACGCUUGCUCUUGGAGCCCUCCUGUUGAUCGUCGUGGUCGAGGCUGGAGUGACGGACAAGCCAGUGACGACGAAGCCAGCGCAGGCGUCGCAGAGCGUCAAGGACGCGAUAAAGGCAGCUCAACAGAACAAGAAGGACUGCCAAAGACAGUGUCCUGCCAUUUACGAACCGAUCUGUGCUCACGAUCCAGCCGAUACCAGCUUCAAGCCGAGGACUUUCGGCAAUCAAUGCGUGCUCGAGACGCACAACUGCGAAAUGGGAACUAAAUUGGUUAUGAAGAACAAGGGUGCAUGCCCAGGAUCCGAAGGAGUCCGAGUUUCGUAAUGUCAGGACUGUUGGCUCACGUGUCUCUACGGAGCGGAGAAAACAAGAAAAUAAUGUAUUAUUUUAGCCUCGAUUCAAUCGUGACGAUAGACGCAUUAAACUGUAAUGAUAUGUUCAUUGCAUUUAACAUGUACUCAUAGCUGUAACGUAUGAACAAUAAAUUAUUACUAAAUA